AUGGGUGGCUAUUUUUCUCAUCAAUGUCUCAGCGAAACAAUUGAUUUCAGAUUCCCCAUGGAGAUUACCAAGGUCACAGAGAAGAAUGUCACAGUGAUCAUCUAUGAGCUCCUCCAACAGAUCUUCCAACUAUUUAGCACUAAUCUUCCUGUUGGUACUUGGAAUACAAGCAAGAUUGAGAAAUUCCAAAAUGGAAUUCAUCAGCAAAUUGAAGAGUUAGAGUUAUGUUUGUCAGAAGAGCGCUCAAAAGCCAGGAACAGCUUUCAAACAUGGAUCCUAAAAAGCACUACAUUCAGCAUGAAAAAGUACUUCCAAAGAAUCUCUAACUUCCUAGAAGAUAAGCAAUACAGCCACUGUUCCUGGGAAGUAGUCCAAACAGAACUGAGAACAUGCCUCAUUAUUUUUGACAGCCUUAUGAAAAAACACACAUCAUAA